AUGAUCUCCAAAUUCUCUCUCUUUGUCGAAAUCGGACGUGUUGUUGUCAUCAACUAUGGUGAAUACAUCAACAAAACUGCCGUCAUCAUUGAUGUCUUGGAUCAAAACAGAGCUUUAGUUGCUGGUCCACACAGUGGCGUCGAACGUCACAUCAUUAACUUCAAAUGGAUCAAUCUUACUCCAUUAAAAGUUAACAUCCAAAGAGGUGCCAGAAUUAACACCCUCAUCGCUGCCAUCAAAGCUGCUGACCUCGAAACCAAAAUUGCUGCCCUCUCUGCCGUUAAGAAAAUCAACGCAAGAGCCACCAAAUCAAACCAAACUGAUUUCGAACGUUUCAAAGCCAACCUCAUCAGACGUAAACUCAACAAGAAAGUUUCAGGUGAAGUUAAGAAAUUAGUUAACAUUGCCAACAGAGCUGCUCACAAGAAAGCUGUUGCCCAAAAAGCUGCUGGUCACGUCAAGAAAACUUUAUAA